AUGUUAAUAUAUUCGAGUUGUUUAAAUUAUAAUAAGGCUAUAAUAAGGCAGUCAUGGCACUGUAAAGUGAAGAAGACAUGUGGUAAUUUGCCCGCAGUUUGCUUAUCAUUUGUCGUAUUUUGUAAGACUAGUUUACAAUAUACAGCUAUGUACAAAUGUAAUACAGUUUAUUAUUUUUAUAUUAAAAUAUCUUUGUGUCCUGAAUGUGCAGAUGCAAAUAGAAUAACUAACUAUCAUAAAAUGAGUAGUAUUAAAUUUGAUGUACAGUGGUCUCCAGUUCAUGCCAAUAAAUUUAUCACGUGGGGUACAGAAAUUUGUUUGUACGAAGUAAUACAAGUAAAAGACAAUAACACAAAGAUCUCUGAUACCACUGUUGCUCAUUUACUUGCGACAAAUACCAAUCAUCAUUAUGUCAAAUGCAUUGAUAUAUAUCCACAAUUGGAACCAGAUAUCCUAUUAGCUGUUGGACAAGCAAAUGGGAAGGUUGUUUUAACUACUUUUGGUUCGACAAUUUUUGAUUCUCAAGGUCUUAGUGGAAAAGAAUUAGUCCCAAAACACGCGAGACAAUGCAAUGCAGUUGCUUGGAAUCCUGUGGACACAAAUUUAAUUGUAUCUGGCUUAGAUAAACAUAGUAAAGAUCAUUCCAUUUUAUUAUGGGAUAUAAACAAAGGUUUGCAGACCUCUGAAAGGAUACAUCACCAUAAUGCAGCACAAACAGAUUCUGUAAGACCUAUCGCGGAAGCCUGUGUUUCAGAAACUGUACAUUCUAUUUCUUGGUUUAAACACGAGCAAAAGUGUAUUGUAGUUGGCACUAAUAACAAACAAUUAAAAAUCAUUGAUUUUAGAGAUUCUUCAAAAGUAGUCAAUACGACAGCCACUAAGGCUAUCUACAAUGUAUCAGUGGACCCACACAAUAAUUAUCAUUUACUUUCAAGCGUUGAUAAUCAGAUAAUAAUUUGGGAUACAAGGUGUUUUGAGAAACCUGUUUUGACCUUGUCACAAAACAGACAAAUUGCAAAAGUACUAUGGUGUCCGACUAGACAUAAUCUUUUGGGAGCUUUACAGAAGGACUCGGCGACACUGCAUUUGUAUGAUAUUCAACAUUGUGGGAUUGGAGGAGGAGAAGAUACAGAACCUGGAGCAUUAGAAAGGACAGUUGCUCCAUCAUGGCAUACUCCUAUAAGUUUUUCGUGGCAUCCAACGCAUGUGAACAGAUUGUUGGCAAUAUCUCAACAAGGACUUAUAGAUUAUACAGUUUGUGAAAGGAUUACAGUAAACUGGUCAACACGGUCCCAUCUUGCUUGGAAUCAUGCUUCAAAAUCAUUUAAAUAUAUAUGGGGCAACGAUAAUAUUUACAAAGCCCUGAACGACAUUUCUAUUUUAACCAAAACACGCGCUAUUUCGGAAUAUGGCUUACUUCCAGAGCUGGCUCAAAAUGGUGAACUGGCUGAAAAUGAUACUCUUAAAAACCUGUGGCAAUGGUUGUACUUAAGUCGCUAUUUGGUGGAGGAUGGCACUAUACCAUGCACAGAUAACAAACAUCCGGGUGUCAGAAUAGUUUUAAAACUAGAUGAUCAACAAGGAUCUAACAAUGGUUUUUUGAAAUCGGAACUAAUUCAUCGCCCUUGGUCAGAUAUAGGAUCUAAUCAUACUGCAAAAAUCUACAGAUCUCCAGACAGAGAUAAAGGAUUGCUUUUAUGUGGUUGGAGAUUUGACAAAGAUACCAAUAGUCUUUAUGAUAAUUUAUUCUUAGAAAGGUUAGAAAGAGAAGGAGCAUAUCCAAGAGCAGCAGCAAUAGCAGUUUUUAAUUUAUGUCUACGGCAAGCUAUAGAAAUUUUAAAUCGAGGAGCUACUAAAAUGUCGAUGUCCACGAAUUUAAAUAUCGUUGCUAUGGCUUUGUCAGGAUUCUCCGAGGAUAGGAAUAGCAUGUGGAGAGAAUCGUGUUUGAAAUGUAGAUCUCAACUCACGGACCCUUACUUGAGAGCAACUUUUGCGUUUUUAACUGCAGACGAUUCUUAUGAAAAUGUCUUGAAUGAAAGUGGCAUGGCAGUUGAAGACCGAGUAGCAUUUGCACUUAUGUUUUUAUCGGAUAAUAAGUUAAGUGAAUAUUUAAAGAAAUUAACUCAAAAGCUGACUGACGAAGGAAAUUUAGCGGGUUUUCUUCUAACAGGUGCCAGUUUAGAAGGCAUACAAUUAUUAAACCGAUAUUUAGAAAUUACCGGCGAUGUUCAAAGCUGUAGUCUGAUAGCUAUUAGAGCAUUUACACCAACCUUACUGCAGGAAAACCAAGUUCAAGUUUGGAUUACAAGAAAUCUUUUAAAUGCUUGGAAAAUGUGGACUCAAAGAGCUCAUUUUGAUAUCGCAAUGCGAUCUGCGACGAAUGAGAAACCUCCGCAGCAAAUAUACGUUUCUUGUAAUUUUUGUGGAAAAAGUAUAUCCGCUUUUAUGCAAGGUCUGAGUAGAGCGAGAGGGCCUUUUGGCAGGUUAGGAAGUACACCCAAUAAAUUGAAGAUGUCUUCGUGCCCAAAUUGUAGAAAACCAUUACCGCGAUGCGCAAUAUGCUUAAUGCAUAUGGGCACCGUAAGUGGAUUGCAAAUGACAACAUCCAACGUCAACAGAAGCGAAGAAUGUGAUAAUAAACUGACAGAAUUUAGUAAUUGGUUCACGUGGUGUCAAACAUGUAGACAUGGCGGUCAUGCUGAUCAUAUUACGCAUUGGUUCCGAAAUGGAACAAGAAUCAAGGCGUAAAGGGCCGAGGAGUCCUAGUGCAGACUCGGAGGAUUCUUCUCACAGGAGAAGAUCAAGAAAAUAUGAUAGAUCUCCAUCACCAAGAAGAAGCAGAUACAGAAGGUCACGUUCCAGAGACAGAAGAUCAAGAUCCAGUUCCAGGGAUAGAAGGAGAAAAGACUCCAGCCGUUCUCAGCAAGACUGGAAACAGCAAGCUGCGUCUCAGUCUCAAGCUUCUACUCCGAAUCCAACUAAUCCUGGCAGUUAUGUUCCAGCAGUUCAUAAUCAGUAUCAGGCACCACCACCUCCGAAUACCAGUCAACCACCACCGCCUUUGCCAGCUUAUAACCAAGGGUACAAUAACUACAAUUAUAACUACGGGCAAAGCUACGACUACAGUUAUCAGCAACCGACUAGUUAUCGCAGUGAUUAUCCACCACCAAAUUGGCAGGGGAGUCAGGUAGCUUAUAACAAUCAACAACCACCACCUCCCCCCACAUUAACAUCUCAGCAAGAAUCGUCAAGACCAGUUGAUAGUGGUUCCUCUGGAUUAGUAUCGUCCUUGGCAAGACCAGAAGAUGCCAAGAAAGAAGCAGCAAUCGCAGCUGAGGUAAAGCAGCAAAAAGCAACUUUGGCUAAACAGCGUGAAGAGUAUGUUAAGAAAUCUACUACGUUACAACGCGAAUUGGAGAUUCUGCGACAACAAUGCGAUGAGAUCGGUAAAGAAGGUGGACGGGAGAAUAAUCGUAUUAUAAAAGAAAAUCAAAAGUUGCAGAUUGAGAUACAAAAUAAAAUGAAAUCGAUACAUAACGUAAUCGAUAUGCUUACCGGAAUUAUAGGGGACAAAGCUACUGUUGACGAUCUAAAAAGCAAGUUUAAGUUAGAAAUUAACAAACGUUCAAGAAGUCCCAAGGAAGACUUUCCGAAAGGAAAAUCAGAGUCGCCCGACAGAUCAUCGGCAUCCGACUCCGACAAGGAAUCCAAAAUUGAAAGGGACACGAAAGAACGAAGGUCUCCCGAGGACUCUAAACCUAUGUACAAUUUCGUACAUUAUGAUCCAGAAAUGCAUUGGUGUAAAGUCUGCGAUAUAUUUCCUAAAACGGCAAAGGAAUAUUUGAAUCAUCUGCAUAGCAAUGAGCACAAAGAAGCUUGCUUAGAACGCAAGAUAGUUGAUAUGCCGUGGCAUGAGCGGAAUGGAGAAGGAACGGAAAAGGAAGUGCCCUAUUAUCCUGGACUGCCAACGAAAAGAACACCUAUUAAAGGUUUACAGUUCUUCAGCGCUGCGACAGCAUGGUACUGCAAGCUCUGUGACUCUUGGAUCGGGGAUCUACAUUGCGCGAGUUUGCACCUGAAGUCCAAACAGCAUUCAGAAAAUUAUUCUCGCUUUGUCGAGCAAAAUCCACACUGGGAAACCGACUGGAUGGCAGAUCGUGAGAAAGCGUUCUCCGAAGAGAAACACAAACAGAUACAGUUGGAAUUGCAGAAACACAAAGACGAUGAUCCGCCGCCAAAGUCGAAGAAGUCAAAGAAGUCGAAGAAGAGCAAGAAAAAGUCUAAGAAGCGAAGGAACAGAAGCAGCGGCAGCGACAGUUCUAGCGAAUCGGAGAAUUCUGAUACAGACUCCGACCAGGACAUGUCCAAGAGCAUUCGUGUCGCUAUGCGUAACAAGAUGAAAGCUUCGACGCAGGCUAUUCUGAACGAGGAGAUCGACUAUCAUCGGAUAAAGUUGAAAGGGCAUUGGUCGAAAAUGGCGCAGCACCUGAAUCAGCCACCAACUCCAGAGCCCCAGCCUGUAGAAACGACUGACGAGAGACAGUUGUUAAAUUCGAUCAGAGACAAAUUGAAAGCAAAACAAGAGGAAGAGAUGAAGUCUAUGAGCAAUCGGAGAUUGAGCCAGGAGAAAAUGAUCGAAGAAGAGGAGGAGGAAGAGCAGGAGCAGGCCUCUUUCUCGAACAAAUCGAAGCCGGAGAGUUUGGAGAUCUGGGGACCGAAGGAACCUCCUAAGCCUUUUUGGAUAAAGAAGGAAGAAGAGAAACCGCAGCCCAUAGCCAACAAGCCAAUCGAAUUACCAAAACCGGAGGAGAUGCCCAAGCCGCAUAUGGGAUUCUGGACGAAGCAGCAAGUUAACAUGACUGUGAAACCGCCUGAGAAUAAAUCUAUAGAGAAGGAAGACGACAGAGAGCGAGAGAGUGAUAGAUACAAAGACGAUCGGGAUAGGAAGUACGACAGACGAGAGGAUAAGUACGAUCGUUACAGCAGCAGGUAUGAAAGACGACGGGGACGAGACAGGGACCGUGACCGGGACAGGGACAGGGACAGAGACCGGGACAGGGACAGGGAUAGAGACAGGGAUAGGGAUCGAGAUAGGGAUUAUUACGAGGAUCGAAGGAAACGGGAUAGCAACGAUUCUCCACGUCGCGAACGAAAUUGGCGUGACAGUCCAAAGAGAAAUUACGACAAAUACGGUAAAGACAGAAGAGACGAUAACUCGUCAAACGACGAGUCCAAGUUCGAGAAGAAGACGAACGAGUCCGCGUCCAAAUCCAAGAAGGGUAGUGUACAGACUAAAAAGUCGGCGCCCCAGGUGUCGAAAGGUAAAUUACCUUUCAUUGGCAGAUUACCGUUGUUUAAGAAGAAAGCCGAAGAGCCAAAAUUACCCGAGAAAGAUAUUACCCCUCUUCCUUAUCAACAGAGUAAAUUUGAAGAUACACCGAAAGUUCCCAAUGAGAUCAUAAAUCCACCUGGUGUGGUGCAUAUUACCAAGCUUGCAACUCCAAUAAAUCUGGCAAACAACAACAAUAAUGCUGGUAGUACAAGCAUCGCGCCUCAAACUACCAAAAAUCAGCCAAUGAAAAUACUGGUAGCUCCACCACCACCAGUGCUGAAUGAAACGAAACCUACACAGCAGGUAGUCGACAUGGAGAUUGAAGAUCAGUCCGAGGAAACGGUAAUUGAGGAACCAAUGAUGGAGCAGCAGAAACAGACACCUACUAUAUCCAAAUUACCUCUGCCUCCACAUCCUCCACCUCCUUUGAAUAGACCGCCACCACCUUUUUCAACUGCGCCACAGUUCUCUACGAACCGACCUCCACCGCCGUUUAUAACCAAUCCACCGCCAUUCGUUCAGAGUCAGCCACGAUUUCCUCCUCAUCAACCAGUACGUCCACCAGUACAAAGUCAUCCCCCCUUCAUGGCGAAUCCGCCACCACAGAUGCCUGCUGUUCCUCCUUUCGUUCAAAAUCAUCAGAAUCCACCACCGCCUCCCCUACCGACCGUGGAGAACGCUACGCAAGAUAUUUCCGACAUCCCGGAACCCACUGAGAAACGAACCGACCCAAGCAUUCCUCUGCCCGACGAUCUGCAAGAGGCUCUGAACAUCAUCUUUCCGAAGGAGGAGACGGAAACGAAACAACAGAGUCAACAAGAAAGUAACAUUAUGUAUUCGUCUAUGUAUAGUAUGUUAGGAUGUGUUGGAUAUGGGCCAGAAUACAUGGAUCAACCACCGCCUGAAAUUACUCAGGCGGAAACAGAAGUAGAUACACAACCUGGACCAGACGACUUGAAGAUGUUAGGAAUUGACGAAGGAGAUACAAUCCUAUGA